AUGGCACGUAAAUUAACUUCUCAAGAAGUGAGUUCAUUGUUUGAGAGAAAGUUGUCUGAAAGGUCAGGUCUGGUGAAGGAUGUCAGGUCAGCAGAGUUCAUUCUUCGAGAAUAUGAAACUACCACCGUCACCAAAUUCUGUUGUAGCAAGUCAACUGACAAAGGUUUUGGAAACACAGGUGAGAGGCCAAUCUUCUUGUCAUAUGCGAGUGUAUUUUUCCGUCAUGUAAUAUCCUGGGCUUGAUGUUUCUUGGUAGACAUUUGAAUAAAGUAGGGGGAUUUGAUCUAAAGGCACUUAGGGGGGAUGGUGAGCGGUAGAUGAGAGUUGACUGUAAGAACGAUAUCUCACUUAUUUGACGGGCCCUAUGUAUGCUCGUAAGUAACAGGUAACUAGGUAUCAUUAUCGAUGUCAUGAUCCUUUUUGACACAUUAUCGUCUAAAGGAAGGGUGACAAGUUGACUAUGCUUCUCAAAUUUGUAAAAAUUUGUUUUGUAACAUAGACUUGGCAGCUAAAAAACACAAGGUAUUAUCGGAGGAUAGUCGUCUGCCAUUUGAUCACGUCCCAUUUGUCGUGGUAAAUCACAAGGUAUACGAUUGUCAACAUGGUGUAGAUAGACAUCUAAGCGAGAAAAGGAAAAACCAAGCGGUACGUUGAAAGUAUUUGUAUUUAAAUGAUUUUGCAGAUUUUUUAUUUUGCGUUAAUUAAUAACUAAAGGUCAAGAUCAAGUAGCCUUGAGUUUCCUCCUCCUUGCAUAAAGAUAAGAGAGUAGAUGAUCUGCAAAGAGGACUCGAUAGGAUAGGAUAUUUCAAUGUCCAACAUGGAAGAAAGUUUCAGUGGAAACGUGGUGUUAUAUCACUGCUUCAAAAGUUUUCAUUAACAAGAAGACUUCUUUUUUCCAAAAACAUAGGCCGGUGACCACGCCUAUCGAAGAAAUGGAGCUGGUAAGCUUUUACAAGAAUCAAGAAAACUCAACUGUCCCGCUCAAGUGCACAUGAGAGAAAUCAUCAAAUUUCCGGAGUUUACAAGGUAAGUCGGAAUAAAGAAAUUGCAAAAUGUAAUUAAAACAAGGAAAACGCCGACCUAUAAAUGACAUCAAAAAAACGUCAAUUUGUGUUCCUCCUUUUGACCUCUAGAUCUCGCAAAAGACAGAGUGGCGCUGUAAGAGUCAUUCCAAAAAGCUGUGCAACGCCAUAG